AUGAAGGAGGUAAGGAGUAUUGCUCAUGAGCAGGUGGUCAAACUGCUUCACAACAAAUUUGUGGUGGUCGUGGGCGACUCCAUCCAGCGUGGCGUCUACAAAGACCUGGUCACCCUGCUCCAAACAGACAAGUACCUCACUGACAGCCAGCUCCGCAGCAAGGGAGAGCUGAGCUUUGAGCAGGAUGCCCUGGUGGAGGGGGGCUCUCUGGGAGCUCUACACAAUGGGGUGGAGUAUAAAGAGGUUCGUCAGUACAAGUCUGAGCACCACCUGCUGCGCUUCUACUUCAUCACCAGAGUCUUCUCCUCAUACAUGAGGAGCAUCCUCAGUGACUUCAUCAGAGGACCUAAGCCUGACAUCCUCAUCAUCAACUCCUGUGUGUGGGACAUCUCCAGGUAUAACGGUGAGUGGACGAGGGACUACAAAGAGGACCUGCACCAGUUGUUUGAGGAGCUGAAGGCUCUGCUGCCGAUGGAGACCCUGGUGAUCUGGAACAUGACCAUGCCUUUAGCACAGAAGAUCAGAGGAGGCUUUCUGGUGGCAGAGAUAGAAGACCGAAUGCCGCACCUGCGCUCUGAUGUCAUCGAGGCCAACUUCUACAGUGGAACUCUGGCCGACGCCUACGGUCUGGACGUCCUGGAUCUACACUACAACUUUCGCUUCCAUCUACAGCACCGGGUCAAAGAUGGCGUCCACUGGAACGCCAUCGCCCACCGUAUGAUCAGCGGCUUUCUCCUGAGACAUGUGGCCCAUGCCUGGGGGGUCACUGUGCCCCCCCCUCCCCCUGCUGAGAAGAUCGAGCCUCCUCCACCACAGACCAGGAGCAGAACCACAGGAGUCCCUCUUCUUCAGACUCCUCAAUGGCACUGGCCUCCACCAAACUACUUCAACUGUGCCCCCUCGCAGACCCCCUACUUCCUGAACCCUCCGCUCUACACUCAGUCCGUGUUUUCUCUGAGGCCUCUUCAGACGCUGCAGCCCAGAGCCUCAGACUUCUACAGCGACACACCUCCUGCACACCAGGAGCAGGAGGUGCAGAGGAGCAGGAGGAGCACAGACGGGUACUACUGCACACAGAGGAGCAGGAGCACAGACAGGUACUACUGCAGACAGGAGGAGGAGCACAGACAGGUACUACUGCACACAGAGGAGCACAGACAGGUACUACUGCACACAGAGGAGCAGGAGGAACACAGACAGGUACUACUGCACACAGAGGAGCACAGGUACUACUGCACACAGGAGCACAGACGGGUACUACUGCACACAGGAGCACAGACGGGUACUACUGCACACAGGAGCACAGACGGGUACUACUGCACACAGGAGCACAGACGGGUACUACUGCACACAGGAGCACAGACGGGUACUACUGCACACAGGAGCACAGACGGGUACUACUGCACACAGGAGCACAGACGGGUACUACUGCACACAGGAGCACAGACGGGUACUACUGCACACAGGAGCACAGACGGGUACUACUGCACACAGGAGCACAGACGGGUACUACUGCACACAGGAGCACAGACGGGUACUACUGCACACAGGAGCACAGAAGGGUACUACUGCACACAGGAGCACAGAAGGGUACUACUGCACACAGGAGCACAGAAGGGUACUACUGCACACAGGAGCACAGACAGGUACUACUGCACACAGGAGCACAGACAGGUACUACUGCACACAGAGGAGCAAGAGCAGGAGGAGCACAGACAGGUACUACUGCACACAGAGGAGCAAGAGCAGGAGGAGCACAGACAGGUACUACUGCACACAGAGGAGCAAGAGCAGGAGGAGCACAGACAGGUACUACUGCACACAGAGGAGCAAGAGCAGGAGGAGCACAGACAGGUACUACUGCACACAGAGGAGCAAGAGCAGGAGGAGCACAGACAGGUACUACUGCACACAGAGGAGCAAGAGCAGGAGAAGCACAGACAGGAGGAGGUGGCAGAGACCAGGACUACAGCCGCCCACGUCACCACGGCGACCGGGCCUGACGGCCUCGUCACCACGGCGACCGGGCCCGACGGCCUCGUCACCACGGCGACCGGGCCCGACGGCCUCGUCACCACGGCGACCGGGCCCGACGGCCUCGUCACCACGACGACCGGGCCCGACGGCCUCGUCACCACGGCGACCGGGCCCGACGGCCUCGUCACCACGGCAACCGGGCCCAACGGCCUCGUCACCACGGCGACCGGGCCCUACGGCCUCGUCACCACGGCGACCAGGCCUGAUAUGCUUUUAUCCUUUUAA